AAAAAAUAAAAAAGCAAAUGAAUUUCUCUCUCCUCAAACUCCAACUCGCAGCUGCUCUGCAAUUCUGCAUCUCCUUCAUCCUCUUAAAACCCUAACUACUCUCCUCCAACAAAACAACCAUCAUCCAUUUGUAUCACCACCGCUAGUCGGCGGCGCAUCUGCCAACCACCUCUCCUUCUCUCUGCCGCUGCUAUUAUCGGUUAGCUAAUAGCUAUUGCUACCCUGUUUGCCGCUUUGGUUUGCAUAGAAGAAUUAGUAAGAACCUUCUAUUGAUGAUUUUCUUUGCUUACAUUCAAAGUUUUUGCGUUGUCUUCACUUGCUCUAUGCAUUUCAUGUCACUUCACUGAGGAAGAAGCAGUUAGAUUCUGGUGUUGAAGAUGGCAUUUUAUUCAGAGGAACAAACUACUGAGGAUUAUCUGUUUAAGAUAGUAUUAGUUGGUGAUUCUGCUGUUGGCAAGUCUAAUUUACUUGCAAGAUUUGCUAGAGAUGAGUUUUACCCAAAUUCAAAGUCAACUAUAGGUGUAGAGUUUCAAACACAGAAGAUGGAGAUAAAUGGAAAGGAAAUCAAAGCUCAAAUUUGGGACACUGCGGGUCAGGAGCGGUUCAGAGCAGUUACAUCAGCAUACUACAGAGGUGCAGUUGGGGCUCUUUUGGUGUAUGAUAUCAGUAGACGCCAAACAUUUGCUAACAUUAGCAGAUGGCUCAAUGAACUCCACACGCAUUCCGAUAUGAACGUGGUUACAAUACUUGUAGGCAACAAAUCUGAUCUCAAGGAUGCAAGAGAGGUAUCAACUGCUGAAGGGAAGGGUUUGGCAGAGGCAGAAGGCCUGUUCUUCAUUGAGACUUCUGCCUUAGAUUCGUCCAAUGUUGCUGCUGCUUUCCAGACUGUUGUUAGAGAGAUAUAUAACAUCUUGAGCCGGAAAGUUAUGCAAUCUCACGAGUUAAAGAAGAAUGAUUUGUCAUCUUUGAGUAAUGGGCAGACGGUCGUUCUGCAAGGAGAUGAAAAUGCCACCGCGGAUCAGCCCAAAAAAUCUGGUUGUUGUACUUCUUAACACUGAAAUGUGAUGCCUAUGCUGUUGUUUCUCGAAAUUAAUAUCAUUUGUGGUUAUUUCAUUCAUUUAUUACUGGAUACUAUCAUGAAAAUAUGGAAGACUAAAAUUGUAAAUUUUAUUGGAGUAGUAAAAUUUCUAGUCUUGGUGGUGUUGGUUGGAGUA